AUGACAAAAAUAUCUCCUCGUAGGGAUGAUGAAGCUAUUUCGUCUACUAUAGUACCACAAUUUAAAGAUGAUAUACAUUCCGAUGAUACUAUUUCAAAUCAUAAUGAUAUCGAUAUUAAUUCAGAUUCAGACAACGAAAAUUUCGACGAUGACGAUGAUAGAAUCGUUAUCAGACCUGUAAAUGAUGAAGACGAUACUUCAGUAAUGAUCACUUUCAAUCAAAGUGUAUCUCCAUUCAUUAUUACAUUAACUUUUGUAGCAUCUAUCUCAGGUUUCAUGUUCGGUUACGAUACUGGUUAUAUAUCAAGUGCUUUGGUGUCCAUCGGUACUGAUUUGGAUAAUAAAGAACUAACUUACGGUGAUAAAGAAUUUAUCACUGCAGCUACGUCUUUAGGUGCUUUAAUUUCAAGUAUAUUCGCCGGUGUUGCUGCUGAUAUGUACGGUAGAAAACCAUGUCUAAUGUUUUCCAAUGUCAUGUUUUUGAUUGGUGCUAUUUUACAAAUUAGUGCAAGCAACUUUUGGCAAAUGACAGUUGGUAGAUUAAUUAUGGGGUUCGGUGUUGGUAUCGGCUCUUUGAUUUCUCCACUUUUUAUUAGUGAAAUUGCACCAAAAAUGCUUAGAGGUAGACUAACAGUCAUCAACUCAUUAUGGCUAACUGGUGGUCAAUUAAUUGCUUAUGGUUGUGGGGCAGGUCUCAAUCAUGUCCAUAACGGUUGGAGAGUACUAGUCGGUCUAUCUUUAAUUCCAACCGUAGUGCAAUUCACUUUCUUCUUCUUUUUACCUGAUACUCCUAGAUAUUAUGUUAUGAAAGGUCAAUUUGAUAAAGCUAAAGCUGUUUUAAAGAAAAGUUACCAUGAUGCCCCUGACGAAUUAAUCGAUUUGAAAGUUGAAGAAUUGGCUGCAUUGAAUAGUUCAAUUCCAGGUAAGACUGAAUUUCACAAGGCUAUCAAUGCUGUUAAAGAAUUACACACAGUUCCAUCAAAUUUCAGAGCUUUAUUAAUCGCCUGCGGUUUACAAGGUAUCCAACAAUUUACUGGUUGGAAUUCUUUAAUGUAUUUUUCAAGUACAAUUUUUGAAACUGUCGGGUUUUCAAAUUCAUCAGCGGUCUCUAUCGUGGUCUCUGGUACAAAUUUCAUUUUCACUCUAGUUGCCUUCUUUGCCAUUGAUAAAAUAGGUCGUAGAUACAUUCUGUUGAUCGGUUUACCAGGUAUGACAGUCUCUUUAGUCAUGUGUGCAAUUGCCUUCCAUUUCAUUGGUAUCACUUUUGUAGGUAGUGACGCUUACGUUCAACAUUCAGGUUUUACCAGUUGGGGUAUCAUUAUUAUUGUAUUCAUCAUAUUAUUCGCCGCAUUCUACGCUUUAGGUAUCGGUACCGUUCCAUGGCAACAAUCUGAAUUGUUCCCACAAAAUGUAAGAGGUGUAGGAACAUCUUUUGCUACUGCAACAAAUUGGGCAGGUUCAUUAGUUAUUGCUGCAACAUUUUUAACAAUGUUACAAAAUAUAACACCAACAGGUACUUUCUCCUUCUUUGCCGCUUUAUCUUUUGUUUCCAUCUUCUUAUGUUAUUUCUGUUAUCCAGAAUUAUCAGGCCUUGAAUUAGAGGAAGUUCAAACGAUAUUGAAAGACGGUUUCAAUAUAAAAGCCUCAAAAGAAUUGGCCGAAAGGAGGAAGAAACAGGCUGCGAGGGUUCAAGAUUUGAAAUUUGAACCAACUCAAGAAAUUACUGAGGCAUGA